GGAGAGGAGCAUAUAUAUACAAGAUAACGAAGUGUCUUGUUGGCGCUUAUUCUCUGGAAUUUCAAUCCCUACGUUUCCCGACCAAAGAUUGACAACCAGUCGGUAGAUAUCGUUCAUUUCUUCUCCGACCAGUCACAAAUGCUUGUUGGAACGGCCACCUUCACGGUCCAUAUUGCCAACGUUCAAUCUGGAGCGUUGGUUACAAAGCAGCGAUACAGAUUUCUGGAAAGGUUUCAUAUAAAAAGGGCUAGUCAGCGAUGGAGAAGAACACAGUUUAAAACCUCGUGUUCUCUUGAAGAUUCAGUUCCUCGGGGAGUUGAAUUUAUGAACCCACACGCCAACUAUUGCUUCAAUUUACACGAGCCACCUAGCGUUCUUGCAGAUGCUGCAUCAACACUGAUACAAAGACUGGUGCUACUCGAUUUGGACCCUGCCACCGCAAAAUUGGCCAUCACCUUCCUGGGGCCCGUCCUAUCGGCGUUUUCUUUUCUGUUCAUCUUGCGAAUAGUGAUGUCCUGGUACCCUAGACUCCCCGUCGGGAAAUUCCCUUACGUGAUAGCAUACGCACCAACAGAGCCGAUACUCAUCGCGACACGCAAAGUGAUACCUCCUCUCGGUGGAGUGGAUGUCACACCUGUGGUCUGGUUUGGGUUGGUCAGUUUCAUCAAUGAAAUACUGUUAGGCCCUCAGGGGUUGCUUGUUCUCCUAUCUCAACAGGUAAGCUCCUAGAGAGGCUAUGUACAUGUAAUAUCCAGGGAGGAAACCAUAUUCUCUCUAGACUGUUCAAUUUUGUACAUGACAGGGAAAUGAGAAAACCAUUCAUUUAUGUGUUUGCCACGCCCAGAA